ACGAAUCAUUUGUUUUAUUUAUUUUUUCGAUUUUUCAACGUUAAAAGAGACUCUUUUGAUACGAAGAUGCAGUGCUUAAGUGUAUUAUUUCUGGCAUUAAUCGGUUGCGUAGUCGUUUGUACGUACGCCGAUCAAUUGCCAGAACAGCAGCAAACGCAAUUGACGCUCAACGAAGAGGAUGGAGAUGAGCCACACGCUAGGUCAAAACGAACGCUUUUACUGAAAAAAAAAUUGAUCGCCGGUGCAGGAAUACUCGGGCUAGGAGUUGGAUUGGCUAAAGGAUACAAAUAUGGCUACCACAGUGGACCAAAAGUUCACCGGAUAUACUUGUCCCCGCCACCGAUUCAUCGUCACGUUGAAUACAUCGAGGGCCCAAUAUACAAACCAAAAAUAAUCGAAGAACCAGUUUUCCACCAUGAACUGCAUCACGAUCAUCAUCUUCAUUCCUUGGAUCAUCACUCUUUGGACCAUCACUCCUUCGAUCAUCACUUGGAUUUCGAACCCUCUUUUCCCGAUACCCAUUCUCAUGUUCAUCAUGGGUUCGUGUAA